GUAAUAUGCAUGCGUCCUGCUCUGCGCUGUGAUUGGUCAUUCCACGAUGAUGGGCGGUGAUGUGUUGCGCAGGCGCGGCACGAUCUUUCUCUCUCUUUCGCUCCGCCAUCUUGUGCAGAUAUGGCUCCUGCGAAGAAGCUUCUGACUAGGGGCAAGAAGAAGAAGCAAGUGCUGAAGUUCACCUUGGACUGCACACAUCCAGUGGAAGAUGGCAUCAUGGAUGCUUCCAAUUUUGAGCAGUUCCUGCAGGAACGUAUCAAAGUGAAUGGUAAAGCUGGAAACCUGGGCAAUGUGGUAACCAUUGAGAGAAACAAGAGUAAGAUCACUGUUACCUCUGAGGUUCCAUUUUCCAAGAGGUACUUGAAAUACCUCACCAAGAAGUACCUCAAGAAAAAUAACCUGCGUGACUGGCUUCGCGUGGUUGCAAAUAGCAAGGAGAGCUAUGAGCUCCGGUAUUUCCAGAUCAAUCAGGAUGAAGAGGAGGAGGAGGAUGAAGACUAACCAUAAGGCUGGUCUGAACUUUUGUACAAAUUAUCUUCAAUAAAAUUGACAAAAAAGAAAAACA